AUGGGUCCACCGUCCGGUCCAAGCUCUCCGCACACUUUCAGCACGAGGGCGCGGGAUCCUGGAUAUUAUCUGGACGGCUCUGUUUCUGAAACGCACCGAUUGGGCCCCAGACCCAGACAGCCAGCAGCCGCAGGCCCAGGCGGCGACCGGCCCCUGCGGCAGGUGUCGACCCAGACCCAAACGGCUACCACGGCGAUGCUGCGCAACUUACCAUGUGGCUUGACACGCAAGGCUUUGAUUUGGACUUUGAACAACAAGGGUUUUGCAGGGCUUUACGACUUCGUCUACGUGCCUAUAGACUGUGAGAGUGGGCUCUGCAUGGGAUUCGCCUUCGUGAACCUGACUUCCGCGGAGCACGUGCAGUACCUCAAAGAGGCUUUUGACGGUCACAGCCGUUGGUCUACCAGAUUACGUGCGUGCCCGAAGGUCUGCAGCGUUACCCUGUCCAAGACGCAGGGCCUGGCGGCAAACAUCGAGCGCUAUCGGAACAGCCCCGUAUUGGGCGACCAGGUCCCUGAGAGCUUCAAGCCCGCGCUCUUCGUCGGCGGGAGGCAGGUUUCCUUCCCCGAGCCCGUGAGGAGAUCGAGGCUGCCUGUGAGAGCCCACGGGCAGUAG